AUAUCAAGACGUACUUCAUCACUGGCCGCAAGCCCAACCGUACAGGCAUCCCUGGCCUGGAGCAGCUGGCCCUGGAGAGACCCGAGGAGAUCCUACAGCAGCUGCGCCAACAGCUGAAGGGACAGCAGGGCAACGAGAACGGCGGCUCAGCAGCGGCGGCCGACCUCUUCUCGCAACGUAUCCCAGACAUCAUGGCGGCCGAUGACGAGACGGAGACCCAGGACAAAACCGCGGAGGAGCAGCUGAUCGAGAAAGAGAACGAGGAGAACGAGGCCUUCUUUAAGCCCAGCCUGCAUAAAUACUUGCUGACCUUUGACCCAGAACUAGAGAACGCCUACAGGCAUGAGUACAAGGACAUCAUCAGCUUUCAGAGCAAGCUGAAGAAGUUCCCUGGCUUGAUGCACUUCACCUUGAGCUGGUACUUCCGGAACAUCCUGGGUGUGGUGUCUGCCACCGUCCCUGCGGCACUGGUCUACGUCAGCCUGUCAUGUGACCUGGUCGUCGAUGACAACUGGCAUGACCGCUUCUUCUGCUUCGCCCUGGUCGUCUCCCUUCUCGGCUUCUGCAACUACGUCAUGCUUCGCUCCUUCCUCAAGAGCUUCGUGGCCAUCCUGGUGGGUUCGAUUCUCAUCGUGCUGUUGUUCAUCCACCUGUGCUCGGAUCGCUGGGCGCCUCUACCGUCCACCUCCUCUGUGGGUGGUUCCACCGCUCCUCUCCCGGGGAUCUCCAACAUCUCGUCCACGGUCGCCUCGUACAUCCUCAACUCAACCAUGAACAGCACUGUCCUCCCCCCACCCUCUCUGUUCAUCAUGCCCAUCUCUGACCAUCUCUUCUCCGGGGAGAACCGUCUACGGUUUGAGAUCAUCCUCAGCAUCCUCCUGCUCCUGCUGCUGGUGAUCAUCCUCAACUUUGAGUUCGAGAACUCGUACCGGCUGAGCUUCAACGCCAGCAUCAAGGCUCAGAAGGACAAGGAGAACAUGCAGCUCAACAAGGACCAGGCGGACUGGCUCCUGCACAACAUCAUCCCAGCUCACUUGGCCGAGCUGUUCAAGACCAACCGCAGCUACUCCCGCAACCACGCGGACGUCGGGGUCAUCUUCGCCACCAUCGUCAACUUCAACGAGUUCUAUGACGAGAUGUACGCCGGGGGCCGCGAGUACCUUCGGGUGCUCAACGAGCUGGUCAGCGACUAUGAGGUCAUGCUCAGCGAGAAACGCUUCAAGGACGUGGAGAAGAUCAAGACCAUCAGCUCCUCCUUCAUGGCGGCCGCGGGCCUGAACGAGGAGAGCCGGGCCCAGAACAAGGACAAGUACGCCCACCUGUACGCCCUCAUGGAGUUUGCCAUGCAGCUACAGGAAGUUGUGGACAACUUCAACGCCAGCAUCUUCAACUUUGACUUUGUGCUCAACAUCGGCUACAACUUCGGCCCCGUCACGGCUGGUGUGAUCGGGACCACCAAGCUGCUCUACGACAUCUGGGGAGACACCGUCAACAUUGCCAGCAGGAUGUACUCCACAGGGGAGGCAAACCGCAUCCAGGUGCCCGAGGCUACUGCUGAUCUCUUGGCGCCCAUGUUUGAGUUCUCCUACAGAGAUGAGAUUGCUGUGAAGGGCAAGGGCACCAUGAAGACAUAUCUACUGGAGAAAAAGAGAGACGGCGCUCGAUGGGAUUAGAUGGGGGGAAGUACAAGAGGGAAGAAGAAGAUUCAAGUGCUCUGAUAUAAAAGAAUAGACAAUAGUUCAGAUAAGUAGGCCUGCC